AUGGGCGGCGUCACGGUUUUCGUCCACAGUUCCGACUGCGAGCCCGGAAAGCAGCCGAAGGAAGGUGACGUUCUUACGAAAAACAACCCGGAGCAGAUGCAAGCGCGAAGUGUCAAGGGCUGUUCUGCAGCACGGACGGACGUGUGGGGUCAGCCUGCCUUCGCCGGGCCAGUGGAAGGCACAGGUGCAUACACAGGGUCUGUGAAAAACUUUGGCUCGAAGGGCUAUGGCUUCAUCGUCAUGGAAGACGGUGUGGAGAUGUUCUUCAACAUCAAAGACUGCGUGGGCAGCAAGCCAGUUGCAGGAGAUACAGUCAAGUUCGACAUCGAGGAGAGCCCUAUCAAGCCUGGCAGCAAGCAGGCGAAGAACGUCACCGGAGGAAGCCAGCCUUUGGACCCACCGAUGGGCAUGAAAGGCGGAUGGGGUCCCAUGUGGGAUGGGGGCAAGGGCUGGGGUGGCGGAUGGGGCUGGAAUGGAGGUUGGGACGGCGGCAAGGGCGCCUGGGGAGGUGGUGGCAAAGGUGGUCUCAAGGGUGGAAUGAUGGCUGCCGGGCCAUACGGAAAGGGCGGAAAGGGUAUGUGGUAG